AUGUUCGUCCUGCCAUCGACCCUUUUGCUCUUCGCCAUCAUCAUCUCGUCCCCAGCUAGCUCGUCCGGCUUUUUCCCGCGCUCUUUAGUUUCAGUCCGCGGUUCCGGUGUACAGCGCCGCCUCAAAUACACCCCACGAGGACACACAAGGAUCGUAGGCGGAACCAUGGUGGCCGCACUUGCCGCUUCUCGACCAUCCAUUCCGAGCAGCAGCAAUAAUCGCUCGUAUGCCGGCGGCCCGCGCACACCGCCCCGCACGGCUGUGCACAAUGCCACCGCUCGCCCCACCACAUUCAUCUCUGAGCUGGGCGUCAUGCCCAGUCCUGCGCGCACCACUCGCUCCGCUAACAGCAGCGGCAGCAGCACCAGCACCAGCAGCUCGCCAAUCGACAGUCCUCGAAGCAGUUCCGAGCAUCACGUUUCUCUACGCAAUCCGGACAAGCGCGCAAGCCUCUUCUCCGUGGGCUCUGUCAAUCGCGACGACGUGUCUCUCAACAAUAGCAAUCGCGCAUCAUCUUCACAGUCCCUCAUGAGGCGGCGGACCGUCUCGCAGGACUGGUCGCUGAUGAUCACGCCGCCUCGUCAAACGCAGCGCGCGCUCACCCGCAAAUCGCCCUCCUCAUUUGGCCGUGCAUCCAGCGCCUCAUCCGCCGUCUCACCAGCGCGGUCAGUCCAGACACCUGCAAGAUCCUCGAUAUUCGAUGCUUCCCCAUCCGGCAGCGUUCUGCAGACACCAGACAAGGCGGCUUCGGACACUUCGUCUGCUUCUACAUCCAUCAUCGCCACCUCUAGCACCCCGGACAGCAUCCGCACGACGCACUCCGAGCUCGCUCCAAUCAUUCCAUUCUUUCCAAUGCACUCGUCACGUGGCCACCAUUCAGGAGACUGGACUGCUGAUGAUCCGUCGUUUGGUGCAAACGGCGAGGCGUCUCAUGCCAGGCCCAAUUAUGAUGCCAGACGGUCUGCACCGGACGCUCGCUUCGACGCUAGCAAAAGGGCCGGAGGCUGCUACGACCACCUUCUGCCAGGAGGUGCGAUUCCAUUUGACGAUGUCUUUGCUCCAUCGUACCCGCCUUCGGUCUUACCCGCACAUCCUGCAACACCACUCGCAACGAGGAUGCUGAGCGCGCGCUCCAACUUCGACAUGUCGCCGAUGUCUUCUGCUGAGGAUGCGACACCAGAGCUCGAGACCCAGCAAGCUGUCGCGCCAAUGUCAGUCUUUGAUUACGCUUACCGUCUGCGAACUUCCGCAACACUCCCCGCUGGCCAAAUCGUUCUACGCGGACACGAGCCCAACGCGGACACAGUGAUAGCCUCUUCCCAGUCGAUGCCUCUCCUCGACAUUGUUCACCCUCGCGACCGCAACUUGGCGAGUCUGGUGGAAGAGUCUGAGCCGCCAUCUCCCGUUCAGAAGGACUCGUCACUUGGCCAAGCAAUGUAUGCUGCUGCCUUAUCAAGAACUCCGCCACCGAGACCGGUCAGGCUCAGACCAGUGUCGACGGUGAGAGCUAGCUCGACAAGAAUGGCGAACAAGUACACGUCCAACACAUCGACGCGAGCGAAGAGGCGUUCGCUGGGCGAGUCGAUGCUAUUCGCCUACAGCGCACAGACCAACUCUACGACGCGUAGCCAGACUGAAGCGGAUUCGAACCUUCGAGUGGACGUUUGCGCUGGUGACUUUGCGAUAUCUGCACUAGGUCGUCCUAUCGCGCUUUCAAGCCGUGAGAGCGUGACAAGCUCGCCGGAGCCACGUUUUACGCUAAAGAGAAAAUCGGUGCCCGUCUUCGUGGAGGAAGAGAAGCAGAGUAUUUCGCAGUCUCGUGAGACACUGCCAGCGACUGUGAUUGGUGCAUCCGAAGGAAAACUAGCGCCCGACCCUAGCAAACCGCCUCCGCUGCCUCCCAAAUCGACGGCUCGAAAGUCGCGACCAGCGAGCCCGGCCAGAGGCUCUAGAGGCGCAGGGGCGCACGAGCAAUCCACUUCCAGAAUUGGCGAACCUUGCCAAGAUCCAACGCCACUUGUCUCGCAGCAGAAUCUGGCUACGUUCGAUGCGCGCAGGUCGAUGCUGGAUCCGUCGCGCGCAACACAGUCGCAAAGCGAAUUGCAGCCGAGUCCAAUUGCUGCCGAGGCUGAUCUCAUCUUCGGCUCGGCAAUCUGGUCGAGUGCACCUCGCAUGCAAACGCUUCAGGGUGGGAAUGUCGCUACGAAUCUCCUGCCUCGAGAGUUUGUGCACGGUGAUCCUGAUCCAGCGGCAGAUUCGAACGACGCGGGCUAUACAAAGCUGGGGCAGAGGGCAUGCGUGCAAGCGCCGAGCCGUAAUGCGAUGGCCAGCUGCGAGAUCACAAGCUGGCUUCGACAGCACGACAACGUGAUGCAAGCACGAAGAGAAGCACCAAUGGCUCUAGGCACCUCCGUUGAGCGCGAUGCACCAUCGAGUCAUCUCGAAGUGAUGAGCUCGCGGGUUGCGCCUGGCGCAACAUCGCAGGAGAAAGACUUGCCCGACUUGCCAUGGCCGGCUGACGGCACCCUGAGCACCUCUACUGAUGAGCGAAGGACAACGGAGGAUGCCAAUCCAUCGUUGACCAACAAUGCGCAGAGCGACACAGCGGCCACACGUGUCGACAUCGAGCAAGCCGCACCUAGUAAAGCUGGUAGUCCUGAUUCGCAAGUGAAUGCCGGCGGUGUCGAUGAUCUGCUCAUGUCAUCAAGACCCAAAGACGAUGUGCAGGCCAUUCUCAACGACUUUGCCUCAGAGAUGAAGGCUCUUUCCUCGACGAGAGCGCCAGCUACGGAGGAAACGCCAGGAAGGGAUCCGCGCGAUGACCAUGCCGGAACCCUCGCGUCAGAAAGUCAUUCGGAUCAGUCCAUUCGUCAGGCGUCGAGCGGCGGCAGCGAGACCGAAAAACGCGCAUCGGAGGUAUCCCAGCGUGCAACUCAGCCUUCAAAGGCGCACCCGGCACGAUCUGGUGCUGAGCGAAUUGCCACCUCGUCAAAGAGUCGCAAAGAGACGAGCGAGGCGCGGACUUCGACGCAGCGGUCGGCCAUAUCGAUGGAAGAUCUGGUCAGCAUUACCAGCAGCUUAGUAGAGCUUGGUGCUCUCAGAGAGCGCAAGAUGUCGGCGGUUCUUCCCGACGCUCGUGUACCAAUGGCUAACGCGUUCGACGACAAGCAACACCAGCAGCCGCGAGGAAUCCGGCGCGUCCUCUCUGCCGUGUCGUUGAGGCGCAAAGGGAAGAGUGCGGACAUGCCCAAGACACCAUCUCAAGCGUCAGUGGUGGCGGCCGCAUUGCGUCCCUCCAAGUCCUUUGUCAAUCUGCGUUCCUCGAGAUCUGAGGAGCGCAAGCGUCCGCCAAGCUGCAAGAGGAACGAUGGCGGCCGCGAUACAUCGCGCUGCCACUUGCCUGUGCAGCAGCCAAAUGUUCCAAAACGGAGACACGGAGCUGGAGCUUUGCUCGAGGGGCAAUGCCCUUCAGCCGCGAUGCCGAUUCGUGUGUGCAAAGGAGCAGCUCUUCAAAGUCAGCAGAACAGCAUUGGUGCAAAACGAUGCUCGAGUGAUCAAAGAGACCUUGGUGUGACGCGAUCGUCGAGUCUUCAAGACGAUCUUGGUGCGUCCAUAUCGUCAAGCCAUCAGACCUACCUUGAUGCAAAGCCACCCGCUCAUCAAAAAGAUUUUGGCGCCGCUUCAUCCUCAACUCAUCGAUUCGAACAGCAGGACCCUUCGGCUGCCGUACUACGUCGGUCCUCCGCAAAGAGCCAAGACGAUGCACAAAGUACACACUCAUCAUCGCAUCAUCGUACUUACCACGCCGAGCAAGACCGGAACAACUCUCGGCGUACCCUCUUGCUGGAUCUCGGCGACGACUUGAGCGCUUUGCGUGCCUUCUAUGCGCAAAGUCCUCGGAUCAGCGAAAUCCAGUGUGCCAGUCCAGACACCCCCGCAGCCAUUCGGUCCAGUUUCAGUGGGGAGAGUCUUGCUAGCGCUCCAUCGCCUGCUACGCCGCACGACGGGGAAGCGAUGCGCAGCCAGCAUGUCAGUCCUACCUCCUCCCCUUGGUCCGUGGGCGGCGCGCACGCAGGGUUGAUCAAAGCCUUUUGGAACACCGAAGAGGGGCGCACCGAUUAUAGGCGCCAAGACGACGCAAUCAGCGACUGUGAUGGUCCGCGCGACGCUGGCUCCGCACAGCGCCACGAUUACAAUGCCCAUCUAGCUACGCGCGACCCAUCGGGAAUCUCUGCGGCCAGACACGACCCAAUGGGAAUCUCCACUUUGGUCGCGCGGCCAUCCAGCAGCAACACUGCAGGCGCUGCGAUACGAAAGACUCGCAAUGGCGAGACGAGCCAUGAUCACGGCGGCCAAAGUAGCCUGGCGUUCCCCUCCAUUGGUCCCUUCAUCGAUUGGCAGCAGCAGCAGCAGCAGCAGCAGCAGCAGCAGCAGCCCACCGCCGCAGCCCGUUGUUUUUUCGCCGCGCGUAUCGUCUCUGAAUGGUCGUCUACCGCUUCUUUGCGCGUUAUUGUGAAUUAUGCUCGUGCCGCUCGGAUGCGCGCACAGUCAAGAAAGCGAGAGAACUUGCGUGACAUG